ACGGCCCCAGCAGUCCAGCGCCUUGUGCUCCCUUUUCCCACCACUUCCACCUUCCUCCCCGGGCAUAUCAUCCAUGGCGGCCUCCUGCGACCUCCUCGACGUCGACCCGCCGGAGCUCCAGUUCCCCUUCGAACUCGACAAGCAGAUCUCCUGCCCCCUGAAGAUGACCAACAAGACCGAUAGAACCGUCGCCUUUAAGGUUAAGACGACGAGCCCAAAGAAGUACUGCGUGCGCCCCAACAAUGGUGUCGUGCUGCCGCGGUCCACCUGCGAAGUUGUAGUCACGAUGCAAGCGCAGACUGUUGCACCUCCCGACUUGCAGUGCAAGGACAAAUUCCUGGUACAGAGCGUGGUCGUCGGCGACGGCUUAUCGGCCAAAGACGUCACCCCUCAAAUGUUCUUGAAAGAAGAGGGCAACCUUGUUGAGGAGGUGAGGAUGAAGGUCGCUUAUGUGAUGCCACACGAAUCACAAUCAGAGAUCGCCGAGGAAAGCGAUGGUCCACAGCGAAUCUUGGUGCCUAUGCAGCGAACUAUGGAUAAUGGGGGGAGUGCUUCGGAGCUGUCGAGUGGCUCGCUCUCCUUGAGAUCAGCUGAGCUGGGGACAGAGGUGGGAUCACCAACCGGACCAGUUGGAAAGACUGAAGAAUUACUCAUGCCUACAGGACGUGCUGCGGAAACAAGAACAUAUGCAGGACCUGGUGCACGGUCCCUUGAUCUGCGGGCUUUAAUUGCAAAAUUGACUGAGGAAAAGGAUUCUGCACUUGAGCAAAAUAAAAAGCUUCAAUAUGAGUUGGAGCAGGUAAAACGUGAAGCUAGCAAGCAAGGAGGCUUCUCGCUGUUAUUCGUACUGGUGGCUGGGCUGCUUAGUAUCAUUCUGGGCUAUCUUGUAAAGAAAUGAGGAUUUCAGUUUCCAGUCUUGUCCAAUGACAUUACUACAGUAAAUAAAAAGCAACACCUUGUGGUGUUCCAAGGUUACACGGAACAGAUCAGACGGAGUUUUUUUUUUGUUCUUUUUGAAACUCCAGAUCAAACAAAGCUUGUUGAAGUUUGCAAGUGAAUCAUCCAAUUGAUAGGACAAGUUGGCAUCUAAUUUGAUCCAUGAUGUAUUUUAACUAAUAUCAUUAAUACUAUUGAUUGUAGUCUGUGGUUGUAUGAA